AGCAGCACCAGCAGCAGCAGCACACUUUUUCGCUUCACAUCGCUUCGCUCCACCGAAAAGUGAUACACACGGAAAAAUCGCAGGCAUUCAUUCACCGAAUACAGAGGCGAGAAGCGCGACCGCCUGCAAGAAACGUGCUACAAUAAAGCGACCGAAAAAUUGUGGAAAGCACUCAAAAAUUAACUUUGAAACGCAGAGAUUAACGGUCCAAUUCGACUUUUUGUUUGUGUGUGCAACUGUGAAAAAAGGAAAUUCAUAUUAAAUCCCAAGCGGACAUUCUGCAGUUCCAUUCGGGUGUUCGGGUGCGCGAGUGUGCGUGUGUGUUCUGGGGCCACGUGAAGGCGAAGGCGCGGAACAACGGCGAGCGGUGGGGAAAGUGAGGGAGCGGUAGAGGUAGAGAAAGUGACAGUGACAGUGACAGUGCUGGUAGAAAAGCGAAACCGAAAGUGAAAAUUGAAUACGAACAGCAACGGGUGCGGAUCCUUCAACAGCCGUUAUCUGUUGAAUAUAGAAUGACGUUGCACACAAAAAUCAAUGUGAGGCACAAAAAAGAAACAGCAAAAGCAACAGUAACAGCAGCAACGGUAACGGUACCAUCAGCAGCAGGAGCAGCAACAACGCGCCUUUCGCACAGAUAAAGAGAGAAAGAGAGAAAGGGAGUGAAAGCGAGAGAGCAAGCUUAAGCAACACAGCAGCAGCUAACGGUACCCAAAUCGCGAAGUCAGCGCAGUCAAGUGCAACAGCAGUUACAACAGCAACAACAACAACAUUGCCUGCUCUUUUUGCACCAUCCUUCGCUUUAAUAACUGUUGAAGGCAGAGUCGGUUAGACAGAGACCAGAGCCAAAGACAAACAGUGUGCAAGAGCGAGAAAAAGAUAGGGAAAGAGGGAAGACAGGACGAGCGGAAAAGGAAGCAGAUAAGCGAAAUGAAGCCAUCGGAUUUGUUGUUGGUCCUAGAGAAGGUCAAGUUCAGGGUGCCCCUGCCGCCGGGAGUCAGCUCGACGACGCUCCUGCCGAAGCUCAUCCGCACCAAGGACGUGAAGCAGCUGCAGGACGGCAACGCACAGCCACAGAAGCCCAAGCUAACGAAAUGUCUCAACACGCUGGACCUGACCUCGCUGGGCAUUGGCUCCUGCUGCGGCACGGGCAUGUACCUGGUGGCCGGCAUGGUGGCCCAGAAGAUAGCCGGACCCGGUGUGAUUAUUAGUUUUAUUAUAGCCGCCAUAGCGAGUAUAUUCUCAGGCGCCUGCUAUGCGGAGUUUGGCGUUCGUGUGCCGCACACUUCCGGCUCGGCCUAUAUGUAUUCAUAUGUGGCAGUUGGAGAAUUUGUAGCUUUUAUAAUUGGUUGGAACAUGAUAUUGGAAUAUCUAAUAGGAACAAGUGCCUGUGCCUGUGCGUUAAGUUCUAGUUUCGAUUCCUUGACUGGCAAUACCAUAGCGCGUACGAUAAGCGAGUCCAUUGGCACGAUAUUCGGCAAGCCCCCGGACUUUAUUGCCUUUGGAAUUACGUUGCUGAUGACCUGCGUUUUGGCGAUGGGCGCCAGCAAGUCGGUCAUUUUCAAUCACUCCCUCAAUGCCAUCAAUCUGGCCACGUGGGUGUUCGUCAUGGCCGCUGGGCUCUUCUAUGUGGACACAAAGACGUGGUCCGAGCACCAGGGUUUUCUACCCUACGGCUGGAGUGGCGUAUUUUCGGGUGCCGCCACCUGUUUCUAUGCAUUUAUCGGUUUCGAUAUCAUCGCAACAACCGGUGAGGAGGCGCACAAUCCCCAAAAGAGCAUUCCCAAGGCAAUCGUUGGUUCCCUGGUCGUCGUGCUAAUUGCCUACGUCAGUGUUAGUCUAGUCCUUACUUUAGUGGUUCCCUAUGAUCACAUCAACACGGGAGCGGCACUGGUGCAGAUGUGGUCGUAUGUGAAUGCUCCAAAGUGCCGUGCUGUGGUGGCCAUUGGUGCCACUGCCGGCCUCUCGGUAGCCAUGUUCGGCUCAAUGUUCCCUAUGCCGCGCGUGAUCUAUGCCAUGGCCCAGGAUGGGCUGAUUUUCAGGCAACUGUCGCAGCUGUGGCAACGCACCAAUGUGCCCGGCUUGGCAACAAUCGGUAGCGGAGUGGCCGCCGCUCUGGUUGCCCUAACCGUGCGCCUGGAGAUCCUCGUCGAGAUGAUGUCCAUUGGCACUCUGCUGGCCUACACGCUGGUAUCCACCUGUGUCCUGGUGCUACGGUACCAACCACACAGCACCUCGCUGGUGGAGCUGCUACCGGCACAGCUGCGCACACCAGUGGCGCCUGGAACGGCCAGUGAUUCCCGUGCCCAUGUCACACCCGCCGAGGUGCUAGAGGUGCCCGGGAAGCUGACCAUCAAGCGGGUGACGCGCGGCAUGUCCGACUCCGAUGAUUCCUUCAUCGACGACAGCCCAGAGGGCUUUCUAGGUGGACGCGAUGACCAGUUCCUGGUCUCCGAUCGCUCAGAGAACAAGUUCUACGGCAGUGUGCAUGGAGCACCCACUGGACCCACCGGCCAGGCGACUGCCUUCGAUGCCAUGGGCCUGAACUUUGUUACCCGGAAGAUACAUGACUAUGCGUACCUGUGCCCCGGCUUUUUCCCCUGGAUAAAUCCCGGUCAGGCCACCACCGAAAGUGGCAUGUACGUCACCAAGCUAGUGGGCAUCAUGUUCGGUCUCAUAUUCUUCCUGGACCUGUUCGCGGCCAUUGGGUGGUCCGGUGGCCUCGCCGCAUUCAUUUAUUUCAUUUUGUUUAUCGGCAUAUUUGUGAUACUAUUGAUUAUAUCGAGGCAGCCGCAAAAUAGAUAUGCGCUGGCAUUCCUUACACCCGGACUACCGUUCAUCCCGGCCAUUGCCAUCACGGUGAAUAUCUAUCUGAUAUUCAAGCUGAGCAUCCUUACCCUCGUCCGCUUCACCGUAUGGAUGUCCCUGGGAUUCGUCAUGUAUUUCUACUACGGCAUCACGCACAGCAGCCUGGAGCAGGCCAGUGACGAUCUGGAAUUGCAUGUGGACAAGGAUUAUAGCAAAAACGUCGAGGAGAAGGCCGUGUGGGAUCAACAGUCAUAUAACCAAACCCAUGAGCCCGUCUGGGCCAGCAAGGAAGUGAAGCAGCCUUCAAAGCAACGUUACAACUAUGGUAAAUCCUCGACGUCUUCAUCGUCGGCACAGGGCACCUCUAGGGGAGCCACUGAAAGCAGUGGGGCGACAAAGGCGCCGGGCAGGAACAGUGGCGGCCCCACUCGACCUGUGCCACCACCACCGCCCACUGGCGUUGGCCAGACAAAGGGUCCGCCGAUGGAGCGCCAAUAUACCGGCCAGUUCAGCAUGUUCGUGGACGAGGGUCAGUUCCCGACGUGGGAGGACUAAGCUGUUGCCCCCAGAAGCUACCAAUCGGAGUCCCAGUAUGUUACGAUACCCAUUCCCAAUGCCCAUUCCCGACCUCGAUCCCCAUUCCCGUAUCAAAACAAAAGCAGCUUAAGCCCCACACCAAGUUCGAUCUCGAUGGCAGUCGAUGGAGAUGGAUCUCUCCCUCCUCUGCCGGGUGAAGCUCACUCACUUGUAAAUACGAUUAGAGAUGUUAAGUUUAACGAUAUAUGGCCAGGUGUGUCGUUACCAAGAGGCUAAAGCAGAUGCAUUCCCCAUAUACAAGGCUUAAGCCGGUGGCGGCGACGGAGUCACUGUUCGUUCACCGUUCACUGUUCACCGUGCACUGUGCUCCGUGCGUCGCCAUCCGGCGGCGAGGUCACCAUUAUACACCUAUACCAUAUACCAUAUACA